AUGAACCCACAAAUAUCAUCCCAAGUACCAUACUCACCUCCAUCAAGUGGUGGCGAGUCUGACGAUACAACAUCCUUGGACUCGCCUAGUAUCCAAUCAGCUCCACCACUCAGCACCUUACUGAGUGGUGAAGCUGCAUGUCCUCCCCAUAAGCGGAAGGCAGGGAGGAAAAAAUUCAAAGAGACUCGCCACCCUAUUUUUCGUGGGGUUCGCGAGAGAGAUAGAGGGAAAUGGGUGUGUGAAGUACGUGAGCCUAACAAGAGUAGGAUAUGGUUAGGGACUUACCCUACGGCAGAACUUGCAGCUAGGGCACACGACGUUGCAGCCCUAGCUCUAAGGGGUGACAAAGCUGCUCUCAACUUCCCUGACUCGGCUUGGCUUGCUCCUCGAGCUAAGUCUAGCUCAGCUCAGGACAUUAGGCUCGCGGCUUUACAAGCCACUAGGUCCGAUCAUUGCUCUUCCUCACCUUGUGAAGGUAAUAAGAGUGAAGAUAUGGGAGAAAGUUCAAUGAGGUUUGAUUCCAAAGAGUUAUUGUUUAUUGAUGAAGAAGUAAUAUUUAAUAUGCCAGCUUUCCUUGAUAGCAUGGCUGCCGGUAUGCUUCUUACACCGCCUUAUCUAAAAAGAGGGGUGAAUUGGGAUGAAAUGGAUGAAGAUGGGGCUAAUUGUCAUAUAGAUUUAAAUUUGUGGCAAUAUAGCUAGAUUAGAAAUUUGUGCAUAACAUCAUUUUAGGGCAAUAAAUAAAAUGUGAGACUGUAAGCGUGAGCUAGAUUUGUGAAAAGCUAGCUAUAUAUAUUCAUGAGCUGCAAGGU